AUGGCUGACCAAAAAAUUUGCGUGUUGUUUGUUUGUCUCGGAAAUAUAUGUCGAAGUCCAAUGGCAGAGGCAGUAUUCGCGCAUACGGUAAAGCUAAAAGAUAAGAGCCACCUUUUUCGAAUUGAUAGUGCGGGUACUGGUAAUUGGCAUAUAGGAGAGCCCCCAGACCCUCGAUCUGUCAAAACAUGCAAGAAUCAUAAUGUUCCUGUGAAUGGAUUUGCGAGACAGAUCACACAAGAAGAUUUUCAUGAAUUCGACUAUAUUCUGUGUAUGGACGAAUCAAAUUUAGCAGAUUUGAAAGCCAUAAAACCUAAAGGAGCAAAAGCCAUCGUGAAACUAUUUGGUGAAUAUGAUCCAGAAGGAGAAAAAUAUACACAAU